AUGCAGCUCACACACGCCUUCAUCGCUCUGGUUGCUGCCGGCAUUACUAGAGCCCAGAUUCCUAAUGUACCACAGUGCUCUUUGAAUUGCUUUCUCACGGCCUUGUCGACCGAUGGAUGCUCCUCGCUGACCGACUUUGCCUGUCACUGUCAGAAGCCUUCAUUGGUGAACAGUAUUGCUCCAUGUGUUCAAAAGGCCUGCGAUGUGACCGGGCAGUCGUCUGUUUCCAGCGUUGUCGUCUCGGAGUGUUCUGCUGCUGGUCACCCUAUAUCUGUGCCCUCGGUUGUAGGUACUGCAAGCACGACCACACUUACUGUGACGGCCGAAACAACCAGCUGUGGCUCUACAGCCGCCAACACCAACACCAACUCCAACCCUAAUACCGUGUCUUCCACCACUACUACCAGCUCCUCGUCUACGACCCAGUCCACCCAGGUCACCUCCAGCUCUACCCAUGAGAACAGUACCUUGGUACCUCCCCAUGAGAACACGAGUUCUGCUCCUACAUCCUCCACGAGUGAGUCCACCACCACGCACUCCACGAGCCCAUCCCAUAGUUCUACUACUGUCUUGUCCAACGGCGCUGCAUCUAUGGACAAGGCUUUGGCUGGUGUUGCUGCCGUUGCGGCUGCUGCGAUCUAUGUUCUCUAA